GCUGUUUCUUCACCGCAGCAGCAGGCCCUCAAUUCUCUCUCCGAUUUUCUUUUCUUUUCUUUUCUCCCCCCAAAUAAUUCGCCGGAAAAAAAAAAGUUCGCAGAAUCCAAUUGUUUCUUAGCAUAUAUAUUCGUCUCUUCCACUGUUCCUAAAACCCUAGCCAUCGGUCUGAUUCUUUCGAUUUUUUUUUUUAUUUUUAUGGAUUUUGUUCUCUAUGCCUCAAUUGCCUCGAUUCUUUUCUCAUAGCAAAGGAUCCCCCUCUAUGGAUCCUAAGCGGAGCCGCAGAAAGCCGAAGCUCGAGCGCCGCAAUGCAGUCAAGCACAUCGACUAUGACGCGGCGUCCUUUUCUUCGUCCUUUGAUGAGUCUUCUUCCUCUUCUUCUCUGGUAACUCGAUCACUUGAUUUGCUCGAUAAUACCAGCUUCCGUGUAGAAGUGAUCAUGUUUAUCCUUUGUGGUAUGUUUGGGUUGAGGGGAAUGAAGGAGGGGAGUGAUGGAUUCUUUUUUGCCCUAAAAGAAGUUUCAUUGCUUGAUCAAGGAAGUCAAGAAAGGCAGAGUAUUUUCCAACUUGAGCAGGAGAUUGAACUUUUAAGUCAGUUUGAACAUGAAAACAUAGUUCAGUAUUAUGGCACUGAUAAGGGUUGCGCUUGUACAUACCGGCAUUUUUUUGUCAGUCCAAUUGUAGAACACUUUUCUCUUUUACUUCACAUGACUCUGUUCUUGUUACUGAUCAAUGAUCAUGUUUAUCGUUCAUAUGAUGGAUUCUUUUUUGCCGUAAAAGAAGUUUCAUUGCUUGAUCAAGGAAGUCAAGGAAGGCAGAGUAUUUUCCAACUUGAGCAGGAGAUUGAACUUUUAAGUCAGUUUGAACAUGAAAACAUAGUUCAGUAUUAUGGCACUGAUAAGGAUGAGUCAAAAUUAUAUAUCUUCCUUGAGCUAGUGACAAAAGGCUCCCUUUUAAAUCUCUAUCAGAGGUAUAACCUCAGAGAUUCUCAAGUCUCUUUCUACACAAGACAGAUUCUGCACGGACUGAAGUAUCUUCAUGACCGAAAUGUGGUUCAUAGGGAUAUUAAAUGUGCGAAUAUAUUAGUGGAUGCAAAUGGAUCUGUGAAACUUUCAGAUUUUGGAUUGGCUAAGGCCACUAAAUUGAAUGAUGUCAAAUCUUGCAAAGGCACUGCAUUUUGGAUGGCUCCAGAGGUAGUAAAUCUGAGAAACCAAGGCUAUGGCCUUGCUGCUGAUAUAUGGAGCCUUGGUUGUACUGUAUUGGAGAUGUUAACCCGUGAGGUUCCUUACUCACAUCUGGAAUGUAUGCAAGCAUUGUUUAGAAUUGGGAAGGGUGAGCCACCACCAGUUCCUGAUUCUCUGUCAAAAGAUGCACGAGAUUUUAUCCUGAGAUGUCUACAAGUUAAUCCUAAUAAUCGUCCAACAGCUGUUCAGCUCUUACAUCAUCCAUUUGUGAAGCGGCCUCCUCCAACACCCUCAGGCUCAGCUUCUCCUUAUCUUGGCAGACAGAGUUGAGAAUUUCUUUCCAUAAAAACCUUGGCUGCAAAAGUAACAGAUGCAUUUAUGGUUGUAAAGAGCUAUGUCUUUGAUGAAAUUAAGGUGAAAUUGCCUUGUAGCAUUGUCGACACUUGUUAGAUAAAGAUUUGCUUCUGCGGAUUCAACAUUCAAGAGCCUGCACGUUGGUAUUUGAUUAAAGCAACCAACAGGCUGCUAAGGAUUUUUAGCACUCAGAUUACAAGAUGAGAUGCAUAUUGUUGGUGCAGAAUUUCGCACUAGAAGGCCAAGUGCUCUCAAAAGUUUGGCGCUGUUGUUGUAUAAAUAGUAAUAGUUUGCUGAUGCCAAGUUGUUUUAUCAUCUCAUCGCUCUUAUCUGUUUUCCAGGAGUAGAUUUUUAUCAGGUGAAAUAUUGUAGGGCAACAUGUGGGAAAAUUUCUUGUAAUGGUGUCGGGCAACAUGCUUUAUUAGUGUGUGUAUAUAUGUAUGUCUUUUUUUUUGUUGAAGCCGAAGUAUUUUUGUAUGCAUAAAGGCGGAAUUAAUGGUGUACUUAACUUUCUUCAUUAAUUGCGCUGGUGAUGGAACCCCUGUACUCCUCUCUUUUUCAUUCUCUUAACUAAGAGGGAUUGCAAUGUAUUUGUUUUAUAAAUUUAAAGUUUUAAA